CGCAGGGAGAGUCAUGUUUGGAGCUGUGGGGAGUUAAAAAAUAAAUGGCUUUUUGUUUGUUUUAAAGUUCAGAUAAGCAGCAUGGCGCAUGUCAAGCCGAAAUGAAUCAAUGACAACAAGGCCGCCAGAUCUGAAUGCUGCUUCCACCACUACUGCGAGGUAUUUUCAGGAUAAGGCAAGCAGCGGCGCACAUCCGAGAGAGGGGAUAUAACGGGAUAAAGGGAGUAAAAAAAAGACAAGAAAAAGAAAGAAAAAGUUGCAUUGCCUGGUGUUCGCGCAUCGUCAUGCCGAGGUACAACUUCUUACUGUGCUUGAUGGUGCUCAUCUCCCUGGGACAGUCGGGGAGCGAUGAGCCCAAUCUGCUGCUGCCUCCUGCCAGCGAGACGCCCACGGAUGCCGGGCUGUCUCUGCUGGACGAGGACGCCGGUGCUCACGAGUGUUCCGCCUGUGUCUGGAGGGAGCAGAGCAAAGUGCUGAGACUGGAGACUAUUAAGUCCCAGAUCCUGAGCAAACUGCGUCUGAAGCAGGCGCCCAACAUCAGCCGGGAGGUGGUCAAUCAGCUGCUGCCCAAGGCGCCUCCGCUCCAGCAGCUCCUGGACCAUCACGACUUCCAAGGAGACGCGUCGUCCCAGGAUGAGUUUAUGGAGGAGGAUGAGUACCACGCCACCACGGAGUCCGUGAUCACCAUGGCCUCUGAGCCGGAGCCGCUGGUGCAGGUGAAUGGGAAGCCGAGCUGCUGCUUCUUCAAGUUCAGCCCCAAACUGAUGUUCACCAAGGUGCUGAAGGCCCAGCUGUGGGUUUACCUGCGACCGCUGCAGCAGACCUCCACCGUCUACCUGCAGAUCCUCCGACUGAAGCCCGUCACGGAGCAGGGCAGCCGCCACAUCCGCAUCCGCUCCCUGAAGAUAGAGCUCACCUCCAGGGUCGGGCACUGGCAAAGUAUUGACUUUAAGCAUGUGUUGCAAAACUGGUUCAAACAGCCACACACCAACUGGGGAAUCGACAUCAAUGCCUUUGAUGAGAGCGGCAAUGACCUGGCAGUUACCUCGCUGCGACCCGGGGAGGAGGGGCUGCAGCCGUUCCUGGAAGUGAAGGUUCUUGAGACAACCAAACGUUCUCGGAGAAACCUCGGCCUGGACUGCGAUGAGCACUCCACUGAGUCUCGCUGCUGUCGCUACCCUCUGACUGUGGAUUUUGAGGCGUUUGGCUGGGAUUGGAUCAUUGCUCCCAAACGCUACAAAGCCAACUACUGCUCCGGCCAGUGCGAGUACAUGUUCAUGCAGAAAUACCCACACACCCACCUGGUGCAGCACGCCAACCCCCGAGGCUCUGCAGGGCCCUGCUGUACUCCGACCAAGAUGUCCCCCAUUAACAUGCUCUACUUCAAUGACAAGCAGCAGAUCAUCCAUGGCAAGAUCCCAGGGAUGGUGGUGGAUAGAUGUGGCUGCUCUUAGGCAGCAGGAGGGGACGCACACUUGUGUACAGCCACCAUUGCAUCGAACCACCCAAAACCCUUACGGAGCUCUCCCCUGGCACCAGAACCCACUCCUUGGCACCAGAUUUCACUUUUGCUCAGCCACAAAAACAUCCCACUGGGUUUCCAUUUUUCCAGUAAUUAAAUUGAUUCUAACUGUAAAAAAAAAAAAAAAGUUAUAAGUGAAAUAUGAAUCAAAAAAAGGGACUGAGUGAUGGAAAUACAGUACAUUAUGAAUGAUUUAAAGAGGUUGUACUUGUGGAGCAGCUUCAGAAAAUGGUAAAUGAGACAAAACUAUGUUAUAGAGUAUGUGUUAGUUUUGUGGGUUUUUUUUAAAGAUUUUGUUUGUUUGUUUGUUUGUCUGUUUUAAUGGCAUCUUUGUGAAAUGUCCAGGUUAGUGGAUUGAGAUGACAGGAGACUAAAAGCAUUUACAAUAUUUUUUAAAGCAAUUCCAGUCCUAAGGUGAGUUUGGAAAUACUUAAUUUCACAGAUAAGCUUACUUACUGGUGAGAUUUGAUCCACAAAAAUGAUCAGAAUUAUUUUGCAAUGCAUCACUUUAACGAAAAGAUCAAAAAUCCAUGCUAAUGUGAGGAGAGUUUACCAUUAGAAAGACCCUUUAAAUCCAAAAUCUUGUUUACAGAUGUUUAGAGAUGUGCUCUAGAGAUGUAAAGUGUUGAGGAGAUCCAAAACCAAACCUAUACCCUCUAUUAAUGUAUAACACCCCAGUGUGACAUUCUCGAGUAUCUACGAAACCUUUUCACAGUCACUUUGAUCUUUUUUUAUUUGUAGUCUUGUAAAACUCGAAAAGGAAAAGGGAGAAAAGAGGUUAUAGUAUAUAUUAACUCUGUCUUUCAAAGUGAAUACAUAAAGUCGGUAUAGCUAUUUCUGCCACUCCGUAAGAGUAGAUAAAACAGAUUUAGGUUUGACUUGCACACUAAAGUCUGAAACAGAACUGUAAUGUAGAUGCACUCUGAAGUCAUUCGGCACCGUCUGGGAAAAGAGGAAGAGGAGGAGGAGGAGGAGGGGGAGGAGGAGGGCAAGUCCUGCAGGAUGACAAGAACCUGACAGUUUUUCUUUCUUCUGUGUAACAAAGGAAAAUACACUUUAACACCUUCAAUUUUUUGCAUUAAAUGUUUAAAACAGAGAAGUAAAUGCACUGUUUCAUAACUUGAAGAGGCCUGGGACUGAGCAUGUAAUACAAACACAGCAAAAUCCAUAACCUGAAAUAAAACACAUGAGGACGUCAGCAUGCUCAAAUGUUCUCUCUGCUAUAACCUGAGUGAAUUACUGAGCUGAGAAUAGCACAAAACAUAAUCACAGUAUGAUUACAGUAUUAUGACUAGAAGUUUACACACUCAUCCAGCAGUGUUCACAACUGUUAAAAAUACACUGUCGAGCCAGUUCAUUCACCUUUUCUCAAUGCUAGUUUCAGAAAAGAUAAAAUGCAAAAUCCUUUAACUGCAGUACUGUACUCAUAAAUAAUAGCUUUUAUAAAUCACAACAAACCAGAUAACGUGCAAAAACAAAACAAAACAAAAAAAAAAUAUCGAGAGAAUGUAACUCAACCGCUGAUUUAAGCGGUAAAUUUAGAGAACGUGUUUUCAUUGUGAAAUGCCCCCACUCCACUUCAACCUCAGCUGUAUCAUUAUCAUCAUUACGGAGAAAAUAUUGUUAGUGCUUGAACACAGAGUAGAUUAGUAUGCUUGAAGUCUGUCUUUGUCUCCUGGAUGUCAAAGCAAAGAUAUCCUUUUGUUGUAAACGAAAGCACUAUGCUGUUGGAUAAAGGAAGAGCCUUCUGACAUUAUAUAUAAAUGAUAUAUGUAUAUAUUAAAAAAAGGGGUACAAAAACCUUUUUUGGGGCACUCUACCUUACCAACAAUAAAUUUUGCACUAUGGGACGUUCAUGGCGUGAGGAGGUAAAGUGUUGUUUGUGUUUUACCAAGCACAAGAGAGCUUGUACAGUAUAGGAUUAAAAAAAAAAAAAAAACUAUUCAAGCUUCUGGUGAUAAACCAUAAACUAGAGAGGUUAUCACUUCUUUUUGAUACAUCACGCUUUCCUGACUUUUGUCUGAAGCGGGGGCCUGUCCAUACACUCACACACUUCUAUCCAAUCUGGAACCUGGACAUACUGAACCAGCGGCCUGAAAGGCCUCCUUGCCCACUUUGGGUGAUAAGUCAUGUGUGUAAUAAGUGUCUGGAUCAAUGAACAUAGAAUGCUUUAACUGGAAAUGGCCCGCCCACCAACUUUAAUCUGUUACCAUGUUAGAGAGACUACGUUCUUUUGACUUAAACAAUGUGUCAACUGUCUUGCAUAGACAUGUUUUUGCCUUUGUGUGUAAUUUAAGUGAAAGGAACCCAUGUAAGAAUGGGAAGAGUAUCCAGGGAUUGUUAGCCAAAGUAGAGGAUGACAUGUGUGCUGUAACUUUUGUGAUCGCAGGAAUAUGCUAGAACAUUUCAAAGGGAGAAGAAAGCUGGUUUAGGGGCAGUGGUUGGAAAUAAUUCAACUGGUCAAUUGUCUAUUUAUUAAUAUUAAUUACAAUGCAUUUCAAAGUCUGUCUACCUCACUUUAGCCUCCUAAAAACCUUGCUUUUUUAAUUUGUCAUUGACUAAUCUGUGCAAACAUUUCACCCAUAAGAUCUCUCCACCCCCCCAAAAAAUGUAGACGAAAACCACAGGGUCCCCUUGCUCUCAGGUUCAGAUUGAGUUAUUGACAGAGUGACUGAUGGUAGCGGCUCUGGUAAUGUGUGGUCAAAAGAAAAAAUUAGCUGUGCCCACAUCUAUGGCUUAACAAUGGUUAAAGCUGUUGAGAAGUUACAUUUUGAAUUUUAGUGUUUGUAUACUGGUAUGUGUGAGAGUGUUUUCAUAUAAAUAUAUGAGAGUAAGAAAUCUCUAUGUAAAUACCUACCCAAAUGUUGACAUUAAUGAUGUUUGGACAGGUUCACCGCUUCUAAUGUUUUUCUCACUUUCCCCCUUCAUUCCUCUGUUCUUUGUGUAGCUAAAAAAAAAAUCACCCCAACUUUGUAGUUUAAUGGUUGUGCAUAUGAAUAACUGUUCAAUUGUUAUUUUUGCCUUUUGUUGUUUAUUUACUGUCAUUUUUCUUUUGUACAAUAAAUCAUUUAUUUAGCUUA